AUGCUGUUCUAAAUUAUUCUCUUGGGAUUUGAGGUAGUACUAGGAUAAUAUUUAUAUACCCCUACAUUCUUCAAUUUCAACGAACACAUUUCAACAUUUAUUACUUCAAAAAAUGAAUCAGAUCCGUAAAGUACACAUAAUUGUCUAAUUGUACCAUGUACUGCUUUUGGAAGACAAUAAAAUUGUAUGGUGAUAACUAAACUUACUUUUGGAGGUGAUUGUUUUACAAGGCCAAUCAAAUCAAAUUUAAAUUUCACUAGUGAAGAAGACGUAGCAACUUUAGAAUUUGCUUAUUUUGCUUCUCGUCAUCCUUCAUCUAAAAGACUUAAUACAGGAAUUGUCAUAGGUUGGACAAAUGACGAUGAUGAAUUUUAUUGGAUAGCUGCAGAAGACAUAAGUGUAAUAACAUCAGGAGUAAAUUAAACAAACAAAUAUGCCUAAUUUGUUACUAUAAAUAGUCUGGCUGAGAACACAUGGACAAAAGUAUAUUUUAUAUUCAUAAUUAAGGUUAGAGUUCAUAUUAGACCUAAUUCUACAAAACCAUUUAGAAUAAUCUUUGAAGCCUAUUCUGACGCUACUGAUUUUGCAGGUAAGUUUUUAGUGACCAAUGUUUCAAUAUUUGAUAGAGGAAUUUGUUCUGAGGGUUGCAGUAGUUGUUUAUCAUAUUCUGAAUGUACAUCAUGUGAAAAGGGAAGACUUUAUCGAGGAACAUGUGUAUCUGAUUUUUGUUAUUAUGAUGCUGGAAGUAUUACAGCAAAUAAAAUUUCAGUUGGUUGGAUAUCGGAAUAAAAUGGAUUAUAUGGUAUAGUAUUAAAGAACAUUAAAAUAAAUUAAUGUCAUAUGGUUAAAUUUAUUAUGAAUAAAGUCAACAAUAAUUAUAUUGAUGGUUCUAAUUCAGGAUUAGAUAUUUAUUAAUAUGGAUUCAAAAUUUAAUAAAGUAGUUUGAAUAGUGCUGGUUGUCAAUAUUCAUUGAAUCUGCCCAUUUCUGGAAAACCAGGAUAUUCAUGUCUUUUUGAAUUCCUUUUGUUAUUGAAAAACACUACAGUAGAUUUACUCAAUAUAACAUGGACUUAAGAAUUUUAUUAUCCAACUAAUAACAGUGAAAUUUUGGUUACAGGGGAUAUAUCAGCAAAUUAAGUUGACUUUUAAGUUCUGUCUUCUUCGAUCUAUCUUGGUGAAGCAUCUACAAAGGUUGAAGGAAAAGUGUUGUUAUGUUAAAGUUCAUCUUGUAGAUCAUUUUAUGAAGAACCAUAAGUAUUGUAUUUAAAUGAUCCCUUUUUCAUUUUGGUGAUGCUUGACAAUAAAUACUUAGAUUUUGGAGCUGAUUUCAAAUUUUAGUUAGUAAGUGCUGUUGCUCUAGGUAAUGGAACAAAUAUAAAGUUAAAACCUUAAGAUGAAAGUGAAAAAAAUAUGACUGCUACUAUUUAUACAUUUACUGUGCCUUUUGCAGUUUAGAAUUGUACAAUUUCUAUCACUGCUUAAUUAGUAGAAAGAGAAAUAGAUGAUAAUUAUGUAACUGAUAAUAGAAGAAGACUAUUAUUAAGAAGACUCCUCUAAACUACUAACGAAACAACUACAACUGCUAAUUCAGGAUUUACAGUUUCAGGGAGUAUAAAGGUUGAAAGUAUUGAGAUAUUGCCUUAUUGGAAGGUAUAUCCAAAAGAUGCUCCUUACAUUAUCAUAGGAGUUUCUGCUGGUUUAGUAUUAUCUGCAAUUAUUCUCUAUUGUGCUUGUUUGACCUUCAGUUAGAAAACACAUAUGCCUCUUAAGGAAUCGAAUUAUACUAUCAAUAAAUUGAAUUUGAUUAGUGAUCAAAAAGAGUAGGAAAGGAUUAAAGCGAUGUUUGGUAAUAAUAAUUUGCCAACAAAUUGA